UCAGUCCAAUCUUUCCUGCAACAGUUCACAUUAUUUCUGUGAACCAUGAAGUUUCAUGCCAUUGAUCUCCCCAGUGUGAAAUACACACAACCCUACAGCAUCUACAGAAGGGUUCUCCUUCUGGCCCUUACCUUAAUUGUUCUCACUUCAAUUCCUCUCUAUGUGAACAAGAGCUCAACUACUUCACCAUUGCCAUCCCCAACAACCAAAACCAGUACUACUACUGGUUUGGAAAGCAUAGAAGAGAAAGAGGAGGAGCAAUGCCAUAUAUUUAGUGGGAACUGGGUUCCUUACCCUGAUGGACCUGCUUACUACACCAAUGAGACUUGCAAAUUGAUCAUUCCUCAGCAGAAUUGCAUGAAGUUUGGGAGACCGGAUUCAGAGUUUAUGAAGUGGAGGUGGAAGCCAGAUGGUUGUGAGUUACCUUUGUUUGAUGCAGCUGAGUUUUUGGAGAUCUUUAGAGGGAAGUCCUUGGCUUUUCUUGGGGACUCUGUGGGAAGGAAUCAAAUGCAGUCAUUGUUGUGCCUCUUAGCCAAUGUGACUUAUCCUGAGGACCUCUCUGACCAGUACUCAAAUGACACAGAUUACUUCAAGCACUAUGUCUACACUGAUUACAAUUUUACUAUGGCAACUCUAUGGGCUCCUUACUUGGUUAGAUCUAGUGAUGCAGACCCUAGUGGACAUUCCCGGAACAGCCUCAUGAACCUCUACUUAGAUGAGCCAGACGAGGCAUGGACAAGUCAGGUUGAAAAUUUCGACUAUGUGAUCGUCUCAGCAGGGCAAUGGUUCUUCCGGCCGCUAGUGUAUUAUGAAAAUGGUGGAAGUAUUGGGUGUCACUGGUGCAACCUGGACAACAUGACAGAGAUUCCAGAGACCUAUGGGUACAGAAAGGCCUUCAGGACUGUGUUUAGGACGCUCCAGAGCCUCGAAAACUAUAAGGGUGUGACAUUUUUGAGGACUUUCUCUCCGGCACACUUUGAAAAUGGGGCUUGGAACGCUGGAGGGAGUUGUGGGAGGACGAAGCCUUUUAGCAAAGAGGAAAUGAAGUUAGAAGGAUUUAUUUUGGACAUGUAUAUGACUCAAGUAGAAGAGCUCAAAGCAGCACAAAACCAAGCUAAGCAGAAAGGUCUGGACUUUAGAUUGAUGGAAACAACUGAAGCAAUGCUGCUGAGACCUGAUGGACACCCAAAUUUCUAUGGAGCCUCACCGCAUAGGAAUACGACUUAUGCCGACUGUGUUCACUGGUGCUUGCCUGGCCCUAUUGAUACAUGGAAUGAGAUUUUGCUGCAUAUGUUGAAGACAGGGCAGAGAUCAACUUGAAUGUAAGAAUAUAUUUUAUGUAUUACCGAUUGCUAUUCUUUUAUUUGAACUGUAAUAUAGCAUAUGUAGAAAUAUGGACAGAGUUGACUGGUGAGUUAUACCAGAAAAAUCAUAAUUAUGUUAGGAUAUCUUGUAGAGAAAAAGACAGGGCACCAGCACAAAUAUGAUUGUGUUUUUGCUGGAUACUAGCUUAUUUUUAUUAGCAGGGUUUGUCUUCUGCUAAGUUAGGAGAGUGUAAGCAUGACUAAAGCAACGAAAUUGCGCUGUUCAUUCA